CAUAAACAGAGAAAAUGAAGCUUGCUCGGUGUCACAGGUGAACUCUAAAGGCUUACAUUCGUUUUAAAUAAGAGCUGCGGGAGGCCGCCGCCAUGGUGCUGAAGAUCUUCUUCCCGCAGUGCUGCAACCGGGCCGACAGCGGGCUGCUGGUGGGCCGCUGGCUGUCCGGGCAGGACUCGGCCGUGGUGCUGGCGGUGAUCCACUACCCCUUCAUCCCGGGGCAGGUCAAGCAGUACCUGCAGCAGAUGCAGAGUCAGAGCGGCGUGGAGCUGUCGGUGCUCGGCUCCUGGAGUUUACCGGCGGAGGGGCAGGAGGGCAUGGAGAGCUUCCUCAGGGACCUCAGCACCAUCUUCCCCCAGCAGCCCUGGCUCCAGAUCCGACGGGAGCUGGGAAAGACCGGCUUCACCUGCGAGGUCCUGCGCCGGGAUCAGAAGGGGAGACGAGCUCAACAAGAAGCCACCAAGAGGAGGAAGAAGGAGGGGGAGGAGGAGGAGGACGGUGAGGAUGGAGAUAAAGAGGAGGAGGACGACGAAGAGAAAGUGAUCUUCGUCCACUACGAGCAGAGGAAAGUCAUGCUGUCGCAGCUUCAUCCCAUCCAGAGCCGAGACGAGAAAACUGAUCCCCCGUCUGAACUCCGACAGAUGUUCCGGACGGUGGCCCUCAGCCAGCCCCUCUUCUUCCUGGACCGGUACGACGACGGCCCUCUGAAGUCGACCCACUGGCAGUCUGAGGGCCGGGAGGCCAGCAUCAUCGUGGAGCUGCUCAAACAAGCGUCGGUGCCGGUCUGCCUGCUGCUGCGCUGUCUGCUGGCCGUGUGGACCGGCGUCUGCAGCGCCCGGAUCUUCAGUCUGGCCCCGCUCACCUUCCUGUCCAGUAAACUGUCCACCUGCGUCCAGCUGAGCUACAGAACCGACCACCUGAGGGCGCUGUGCUCGCCCAAACCCGCCGCCGACCACCCGCAGUUCAUGAGGAAAGCCAACAUCCUGGUGUCCCUCCUGCUGGACGCGGCUCUGGGCCUGCUGCUCAUCUGGUGGCUCUACACGGACGACCACAUCGCCCGGCUGGCCGGCGCCCUGGUCCCCGCGGCCGACCGGGUGGCCCGGGAGCUGGAGGAGCUGCUGCAGUGGCUGAUGGGAGCUCCGGCAGGUCUGAAGAUGAACCGGGCCCUGGACCAGGUCCUGGGCCGAUUCUUUCUCUACCACAUUCACCUCUGGAUCAGCUACAUCCACCUCAUGGCGCCCUUCAUCGGUGGCGUCCUGUGGUACGGCGGGCUGUCGGCCUGCCUCGGACUCACCUUCGCCCUGUCGCUGCUCUCCGACAUGGUGGCCCUCUUCACCUUCCACAUCUACUGCUUCUACGUGUACGGGGCCAGGCUUUACUGUCUGAAGAUUUACGGCCUCUCGUCUCUCUGGAGACUCUUCAGAGGAAAGAAGUGGAACGUUCUGAGGCAGCGAGUCGACUCCUGCUCCUACGACCUGGACCAGCUCUUCAUCGGGACGCUGCUCUUCACCGUGCUGCUCUUCCUGCUGCCCACCACUGCUCUCUACUACCUGGUCUUCACUCUGUUGAGGCUGGUGGUGGUCUUCUUCCAGGGCCUCCUCCACCUCAGUGUGGACUUCAUCAACUCCUUCCCGCUCUUCGCCGUCGGCCUCCGACUCUUCCGGCCCUACAGACUGGCAGAGGGAGUGAAGUUCAGGGUUCUGUGUGAUGAACCAGGUGUGGCUCUUCACCUGCUGAUGGAGAUCAACCCCCUGCGGUGCAGCUCGGUGCUGCAGACCUACCGAACCCCCACCUACAGCUGCUACCCCAGAGACUCCUGGGCCGCCCUGGUCAAGAAGCUGUUCGUAGGCGAGCUGGUUUACCCCUGGAGACACAAGACGGCCAAGACCGAGUGAGAGGACCAGGACUGGAGGACCGGAGGACAGUCUGGGACACGACCCGCCAUCAGCUGGGAGGAAGAACUUCCAGCAGGUCACGAACUCACUUCUCCAUGAGAAUAAAUCCAGAUGCUGAAGGAAAGUCUGCUCCUUCUGUUUUGCAGAUCAUGUGUGUUGAUAGGAGGGGCAGAUCUGAGAGGGCAAACGGUAAAGAAAUGUUUGUCUAAAAGAAACUAUUUUCACACUGAAUAGAAAAAAGUUUUUAAUUUAGCUGAAAAAAAGGAAAAAACUGAAGAGUUGAAAACCAGACUGAUUUAAAAUAAGUUAUUUUUAAAUCAGUCACAGAUUUCAUUGCAAUAACUAAUUCAAGCACCUCUUAGUUUUAAUUAUUUUAUUGAACAAAAAUGUUUUUAAUUUAGGUAAAAGAAACUACAAAUAAGAUUGGAUCAUUUAAAGGUGCUGUAGGCAGGAUUUUGCUCGUCAGUGCUAAUGUUUCUGUGUUUUCUUUGGAUUAAAUGUUAGAGUAUCCAUUGAUAAUCCUUUAGGAGUGUAGCAUAACUGCUCUACCG